AAAAGAAGGAUUUUAAGAAAUCUUUAGUAGUAAUGCAAGUUUUAAGAGUAGUAAACAAAAAAGUUUCAAAAAACAAAACAUCAGAUUGGCCACAAGACUCACUUCUAGUUAAGGCAUUAAGGCAUUACAUUAAUGCAUCAUCACUUUGGGCAAAAGAAUCUAUAUACAAAAAGGAUUUAGUCUUAAUAGUAUUAGAAUUAUAA